AUGAGCUUCUCGAGACUUUUUGGAAACAUCUUUUCAAAGGACACCCAAUCGCCCACGAUGCCCCCGGCGAUCAGUGAUGACGAGAGCGACGUCGAUGCUCAUCUGCCCGUCGCAAGCUGGCGCGACGACGACGAUGGCGAUGCCCGCCCCGCGCGACGAGCGGCGGCUGCGCCCAAGCCCGAGGCGAUUGACAUGGACGACGAUGAAGAUGAUGAGGACGAAGUAGUAAAAGAAGGGGAGGUGGGCGCUGUCGAGAAUGGCGACGAGGAAGACGAGGACGAUGACGAGGAGGACGAAGAAGACGUGUUCAUCGUCGAAGCCAUCAAGAAGCACAUGAUUGACGAAGAUGGCUCGCUAAAGUUCCACGUCAAGUGGGAAGGCUACGACAAAAAGGCGGACAUGACAUGGGAGCCCGAAGAGAACCUCGAGGAAUCCGCCAACGAGGUCCUCGAGGAAUACUUUAACAGGAUCGGCGGCCGCGACGCCAUCUUCAAGCAGACGGCGACCGCCGCCGCCGGCAAGAAGCGCGGGCGCAAGCCAUCGUCGGCGAACCCAACGCCCGUGAAGCGCUCGCGCAAGAGCAACGGCGCACACCCAGGCGCCUCGACGCCGCCGGCGUCGUCGUCCAAGGCGUGGAGCCCGCCGGCGGGCUCGUGGGAGGACGACAUCGAGUCGAUUGACGCGUGCCAGGACGAGGGGGUGGGACAGCUGAUGGUGUACCUAGUGUGGAAGAACGGCAAGAAGACGAGGCACCAGACGUCGGUCAUUUAUAAGAAAUGUCCCCAAAAGAUGCUCCAAUUCUACGAGCGGCACAUUAAGAUUGUCAAGCCCGACGACGAGCCUUGA